AUGACCGCUGCCUCGGCUCAUACACAUGGAAGAAGACACUCAUCGGCACUUCCAUACGCCAUACCGUCCAAAUCUCUCCAUAAACUGCACAGCAAUGGCGGUUUACCAGGUGCACAUCUGCAUGGACAGCAUUAUUAUUCACAUAAUGACCGUAGUACGGGAUUUCCAACACUUCUGCGAAGCUUCGUAGUGCGUCGCACUUCGGAGGGAGAAUCUGGAAGACUUAAGGAGCUGUUGCGCUGCGAAACAUGCGGAAAGGCGUAUAAACAUAUUCUGUCACUUGCAAAGCAUCUUUGGGAACAUACCCCGGAAUGGACCAUGACGAAAAGGCUACUUAUCUCCAAGCACCAGCAGGUGCAGCUCUUGGAGGCUGCGUCGAUUUUAGUCGGAAUGACGGAGCCGGGCUCCAGCUUUGAUGACAAAGAUUCUGUGCUAUCGAGUCCGCCUCAACAUCCUUCUCUUGCGUACCUGUCGAUCGAGUACGAUGAUGAUGGGCUUCAGGUGCCUGGUGGCCACCAAAUCCCGCUGAAUUACUCGCCCAUGCCUGGAUGCGUGGGUGGCUAUAUCGAUGUACCCAGUAAAAGAUUUAUAAGGCCGCGGAUUGAAGAUGACGUGCUACGGAUAAGUGAAGAGGAUGAGUUGAAGUUAGAGGAAGAGGAAGAGCGCAACAAGACCAGUGAAGACGACGAUGAUGACCAGAUUGUUGGGCGUAUGGAGUGA